AUGCUUCUAGACAAUUCUCCUGCCGUGGUCUCUCACCGUCGAUCCCUCAGUCACCCCCUUAGUGAAAGUUCUUCGACUAACGCAAAUCAGGUUUCCGUUACGCGUCAGGCCCGCGCCGGCAAACCCGACGGACGUAGCUCCGCGUCACAGUCAGAAUUGCCUGUCAUCAGCCGGCCAGCCGACACGGCGAACGGCAAGCGGUCAAUCCGGCGAAACGGGCCGCUGCGACCGUUCCACGCGGCGAUGACGUGCGACAGCUCGGGUUACAGCAAGUGGCAGUCGCGAGUCAUGUAUUUUUAUUACAAGAAAUGGCAGCGCGAACCGGGCGGGGAGGAGAUGGGCGGAUUUACUCGCGUGCUGCACACGGGGAAGGAAGACGAGCUUGUGGAGGAAAUCCCGACCUUCGUCGUCAACCCGCUGCCGCCGCAACAACAAACGGACUAUGUUGUUUUGAAUCGCCCAUAUGCAUUCGUGCAGUGGAUUCAACAAGCAACCUUCCCUGAAGACUACGUAUGGAUGGCGGAGCCAGACCAUUUGAUUCUGCGCCCCAUCCCCAACCUCUCAGUGGGGGACAUGCCCUCCGCCUUCCCCUUCCAUUAUAUUGAACCUGCCAAAAAUAAAGAGGCACUGCACCGCUGGUUCCCUCCAGAGAAGGGCCCCAUUAACAAGAUUGACCCCAUCGGCAACUCCCCUGUCAUCAUCCACAAGCACUUGCUGCGUCGGCUGGCACCACUCUGGCACAACGUGACUCUCGAAAUGAAAUCAGAUCCGGUGGCUGAUAAGGCGUUUGGAUGGGUGCUGGAAAUGUACGGAUAUGCCACGUCAGCUGCCCUCUUGGGGAUACAGCACACUCUACACCGGAUGUGGAUGAUUCAGCCGCCAUGGGAUGCAGAGCCUGGGGACUCAUACCUUAUCCACUACACAUACGGCUGUGACUUCGACCUUAAUGGCAAGAUGACCCCAGGGGUGGUGGGUCCAUGGCACUUUGACAAGAGGGACUUCAACACAGCACCCCCUCGCAAUCUCUCCCUCCCACCCAAAGGAGCUGCUCCCUCCGUUUUCAAGCUGGUUUCCAUGAUAAACGAUGCCACAUGGAGCAUUCCAAAUUGGAGGGCAGGAGCUCCCUAG